AUGUCUCCUCUAUCCAAAGAAGGGGGACCACCAUGCAUACCCCACGACGUUUCCUCGGUCGAGAAGAAUGCCGAAGGACCGGGAGAUGGACAACUCGAAAGCACAUUCACACCCUUCCCACGGCUUCCUCCAGAACUUCGCCGGCAAAUAUGGGAAUACAGCCUGUCAAACUUGACACCAAUGCUCCGAGUCCGCAUCUCUGGCGGUCGCAUGUCUCAGUGGCCUAUUCUCCAAGUACCGGAACCCCCGGAGCUUGGGUUUACCUACAGUGGUAUUCCUGCCAUCCGAACGCUACCGCCCUCUGAGGAUUCUCCGGCGGAACUGCAAGUCUGUCAUGCCAGCAGAGAGAUUGCGCUCCAGAAUUUGACGGUGAUGGGACCAGCCGAUCUCAUCUCACGCAACGACAUUGUUGAACCCAUCUUUGGUCAUGUGCUAGCACCCAAGCUAUUUACGGUGGCAAAAGAACAUCCGAGAGGGCGCGAACAGUACAUCAAGGGCUUUAUUACCCGGGUUCAGCGACUGUCGAGUCGCAUAAUGCUUCCCGCAUGGCUAGCGCGACUUGUGCUUUUCCACACAACGAGCGAACAGACGCUUCUACUCGACCUCGGCAGCAAUCGGAUGUGUGUGUGCUACGACAUCAAUUAUUUCAAGCAAAGGAUAUGCUUCGAAAGUGGCGAACACAUACCUCAUCGACGAAGAUAUGUUGUGCUGCGCCUCUCCGACAUUGAGAAAUGGGUCUUCGGCUGCAAGAUAGUCAUUGGACAGGUGCCGGAAUGCUUGAGAUGGUACCAUGCAGACGUGGGCCAGCUAUAUCAGUGGGAAGAAAAAUGCAGAUCUGGAACCUUGUAUACUCGGUAUAUUCGCCUGCCGCCUUCCGAAAUCUUGUAUUACUACAUCCACCACCUGCACGAAUUACUCGGCUAUAAUGGUGUCUCCUGCGAUGUAUGUACCAGAAGGUCCAAAACCGUCGCGUCCGUCCUACUGCAGACCUUCGUCGCGAUCAUGGAUGGCGGUAGGUGCCCGGAAUGUGGCCUACGAGUCCUUGCGGAAAUCAAACAGAGACAUCCCGACUUGUCUCUCAACGAUCUGGAUAUUCUCUUGUUGACACCGAAACCUGCCUUCGAGCACGCACCCUCGCCGCCUGUCAAGAUUCUAAACCUGUCGCGGGGACCCGAGCAGAUAAGAACAAUUUAG